GUUUAAGGCUUAAGCAGUAAGCUUCCCCGCAUAUGGUUGGACAUGCCACUUCCAUCCAUAGUGUCAUUGCUAGCCACACGGUCCCUCAUCGCGAUUUAACCCGCCCAGCACCUCAUGUCACACACCGAAUCCCUCCUCUCCAAAAUACCCCGUCCCUACGCCACGGACUGCCACCAUGGAGGAAAAGAAAAUCGCCCACGAGGGCCCCGAGGAUGACGUCCAGCUGGCCGAGAUGGGCCAUAAACAGGAGCUGCAACGGAACUUUUCCACCCUGUCCAUGCUGGGGUUGGCUUUUGCGGUGCUUAAUUCCUGGACAGCCCUGUCCGCAAGUUUAUCGCUCAGCUUGCCCUCCGGAGGAAGCACUAGUGUGGUCUGGGGGUUGGUGACGGCGGGGUUCUGCAACAUGUGUAUUGCAGUGUCGCUCGCAGAGUUUCUGUCUGCCUAUCCAACGGCGGGAGGUCAAUAUCAUUGGGUGGCCGGUAUAUCCUGGCCGAAAUGGGUCCCCAUCUUGUCCUGGGUGACCGGGUGGAUUAAUGUGGCGGGUUGGGUUGCUCUGGUGGCCACCAAUGCCUUGCUGUCAUGCGAGUUGAUCGCAGGGAUCGUGUCCGCCGUGUAUCCUGACUUUGCUUGGCAGCGCUGGCAGGAGUUUCUCAUCUACGUGGGAUACACGCUGCUCGCCUUUGUGGUCAACGCAUUUAUGAAUUCGGUCUUGCCAAUCAUCUACCGCGGAGCAUUUACCUGGUCCAUCGGGGGGUUUGUGCUUAUCUGCAUCACGGUGUUGGCUUGUGCCGCCCCGGAUUUCAACUCCGCCUACUUUGUGUUCUGCGACUUUGUCAACCAAACGGGGUGGCCUGAUGGAGUGGCUUGGUUAUUGGGGCUUCUUCAAGGAGGACUCGGAGUUACCGCAUUUGACGCGGUGGCCCAUAUGAUCGAAGAAAUCCCCCAACCCUCGAUCAAAGGGCCGAAGAUCAUGGUCGUGUGUGUCGGCAUCGGUACCUUCACCGGCGCCAUCUUCCUGAUUGUUCUGUUGUUCGUCGCAGGCAAUAUGGACGAGGUGGUCAACUCGAGUGCGGGCCCCUUGCUGGAGAUUCUGAUCCACGCCACCAAUAACCGGGCGGGAGGCAUCUGUCUGCUCAUGUUACCGCUUGUGUGUUUGUUGUUUGCGACCCUCAGUGUCAUGACGACGAGCAGCCGGAUGAUCUUUGCUUUUGCCAGAGAUGGAGGCCUCCCCGCAUCCAAGUUUUUCGCGCGCGUGCAUCCCAGGCUGGGGCUCCCGGUCAAUGCGCUGAUGUUGACCUCGGUGGUGGUGAUCAUCUUUGGCUUUAUCUAUCUGGGGUCCAGCAGUGCCUUCAACGCCAUUGUGUCCGCCUCGGUGGUCGCACUGGAUCUGUCCUACGCCAUGCCGAUCGCAGUGAAUUGCCUGCGGGGACGGCGGACUCUGCCCGAUCGGAAAUGGAAGGUUCCCAAUGCCAUUGGAUGGGUGAUUGAUAUCAUUUCGCUCUCCUACAUUGCCCUUACCACGGUCCUGUUUUUGUUCCCGCCUGAUCGGCCUGUUACUGGAAGCAACAUGAACUACUGCAUCGUCGCCUUUGCGAUCAUUGUCAUCAUCUCGGCAGUGCAGUGGGUGGUGGAUGGCCGGAAGAAUUUUACCGGUCCUCGGGUGGAUUUGUCAUGAUGCAUGAGGAUGAUUGAUCUGUGGUAUUGUCAUGGAUCGCGGUGGGUAUGCGACUGUAUAUAAAUGAAGGCUGAAUGGCAGGGCAGUCCACUGUAUAUUCUCGGCACUGUCCAGGUAUAACUGAAACUG